CAUUUGGAACACCUGUGAAAAAUGCUCAACAGUUGAUGUGAGUUACAUACUAGUCGGUAUGGAAGUGACUCAAAAAGGCUUUAUGCCUCUCCUUCUUAUCUUCCUCCAUAUUCCUCUCUUCAUUUCUAUUAUUCCUGCUGCUCAAGCAGCCCCAAAAAACACUACUUUUACAGCUAUUUAUGUAUUCGGGGACUCAACAAUGGAUCCUGGGAAUAAUGACUACCUAGAUACAGUUUUUCGGAGCAAUUUUCCACCUUAUGGAAAAGACUUUUUCAACCACACGCCCACUGGAAGGUUCUCCAACGGCCGCCUCACCACUGAUUUUCUAGCCUCAUAUGUGGGUAUCAAAGAGUCCGUGCCUCCUUAUUUGGACCCAACCCUUUCCAUGGAGGAGCUCAUUACUGGAGUCAGUUUCGCUUCUGCCGCCACUGGAUUAGAUCCAUUAACUGCAAGAAUAAGUAAUGUGAUUGACAUGGCAAAGCAACUAGAGUACUUUAAGGAGUACAAAGGGAGAGUGCAGGCAACAGUUGGAAAGCAAAGAAUAGAAAAACAUAUAAACAAAGCUGGAUUUAUACUUAGCUGUGGUACAAACGACUUCAUGGACAACUAUUUUACUCUACCAUUUCGGAGGCAGACUUUUACCGUCUCGGCUUACCAACAGUUUAUGUUACAGACGGCUCGGGAGUUCCUACAGAACUUAUCGAAAGAAGGGGCAAGAACGAUAGCAGUGUCAGGACUACCUCCAAUGGGAUGUUUGCCUGCUGUAAUCACACUUUUCUCCAACAACCCAAUCCUGGAACGUGGAUGCAUCGAACAGUUCAACACAGUUGCACGAGACUACAAUAGAAUGCUGCAAAAUGACUUGAUUAAACUGAAUACGACCAACCCUCUUGGCGCAAGAUUUUAUUAUCUAGACAUUUAUUCACCAUUGGUUGACAUGAUACAGGGCAAUGGCAAACUUGAGUUUGAUGACGUGAGCUAUGGAUGCUGCGGGACUGGGUAUGUGGAAGCAGCAUUAGCGUGUAACCCAAAGUCAUAUGUGUGUGCUGAUGCUUCUAAGUAUGUAUUCUGGGAUUCUAUACACCCAACUGAGGUAACAUACGGGAAAAUCUUCAACGCAUUUCGUUCUGUCCUUGAUGAGUUGUUGUAAGAUGUACUGUUACAUCUACUGCUAUAAUAUUAUACAUUCGUACUUCGUAUGGACUUCGUAGCUGAGCGUAUUGUAUCUAAUCAUAACCUUGUAUAGUUAACAUUAUAAAUACUGAUUUACAUGAUAAUCGCAAUCAAAUUUUUAGGUGAUCAA